CAGAGCUUGUUGUUAAGCAUUCCCUGAGGCCAUACAACACACUUCCCCUUUUCUUUCAUUUCCAUUUCCUUUACUCUCUCUCCCUUACUAUCAUCAUGUCAAACACUUCCAACAACCAAUCUAAUGAAGAACUCCUAGCCUCCAAUGCUGCUCUCAAGGCCCAAGUUGAGUACUUGGCCAAGCAAGUUGCCCAACUCACUAAGCUCAAGAUGAGCAUGGUGAAUACCCCGGAGGAAAGUGAAGAAGACGAAGAAGUUCACCCCGAAGCUAACUCUAGUAACACCACAAGAGAGGAGAAUCAUGAACGAGGAGCUACCGAUUUCAAGGUGGACAUACCAACCUUUGAAGGGAAGAACGAUCCGGAUGACUUUCCAGAGUGGCUGGAAACUGUUGAGCGCGUCUUUGAUUUCAAAGAUGUGCCCGAAGAAAAAAAGGUCAAGAUCGUGGCAUUGAAGUUUCGGAAGUAUGCUUCCACUUGGUGGUCCAACCUAUCCACCAAAAGAAGGCGAGAGAAUAAGGCCCCUGUGAAGACUUGGCUCAAGAUGAGGAGCUUGUUGAAGAAGAAGUUCCUACCCGAACAAUAUGUACGGGACAACUUUUCCAAACUUCAACACCUAAGGCAAGGUCCCCGCUCAGUUGAGGACUAUACUCGGGAGUUUGAAGAACUUUUGAUGAGAUGUGAUCUUCACGAAAACGAUUCACAAACAUUGGAACUCUACAAGGAUGAUGAAGAUUUCAAGGAAAUGUAUGCCCAAUGCUUAUCUCGGCCUCAUGAAGAUUACCUAAUCAAAGAUGGUUACCUCUUUCGUGGUAAUCAACUGUGCAUCCCGAGGAGCAGCGUUCGUGAAACCCUGAUAGACGAG